AUGCCUGCAAGAGUGCUCCCAACUUUCACCCGCGCCGAAGUCGAGUCGCACAAUUCGGCAAAGUCCUGCUACGUGACUAUCGGGUCCAAUGUCUACGACGUGACCGACUUUCUCGACUCUCACCCCGGCGGGGCUGACUUGGUCCUCGAGUACGCCGGCAAGGAUAUCGAGAAGAUCCUCAAGGACGAGGCAUCGCACACCCACUCUGAAGCAGCCUACGAGGUCCUCGACGAGUCGUUGGUUGGGUUCACCCUUCCGGAAGGCAAGGCUUCGAACGGCAAGGCGGCUGCAAAUGGCACGGCGCACAGCACCGCCCUCGAACAGCCGCAGACCGACAGCCAAGGGCGGGUCAUCCACCCGAGGACUGGCAUGUCGUGCGAGGAAGAUCUCAGCAAGGAUACCGACACUGCUGAGGACUUCAAGAAGCACAAGUUCCUGGACCUGAGCAGGCCCUUGUUCCCCCAGAUCUGGUUCGGCGGCUUCACCAAGGAGUUCUACCUCGACCAAAUCCACAGGCCCCGGCAUUACAAGGGAGGCCAGUCCGCGCCGCUCUUUGGAAACUUCCUCGAACCCCUGACCAAGACUCCCUGGUGGGUGGUUCCCCUGGUCUGGAUGCCUCCCAUGAUGUACGGCACCUUCCUCGCCCGAGAAGGCUUCAGUCACGUCUUGGUGCAAGUCGCCACUUGGGUUGGAGGAUUUGGUCUCUGGAGUCUGAUUGAGUAUCUGAUGCAUCGUUUCCUGUUUCAUCUGGACUACUACCUCCCCGACAAUCGUGUCGGCCUCACACUCCACUUCCUGCUCCACGGCAUUCAUCACUAUCUGCCCAUGGACAAGUACCGGCUGGUCAUGCCACCGACACUGUUCAUCGUGCUUGCACUCCCCUUCUGGAAGCUGGCCCAUACCCUGUUCUUCUGGGACUGGUCCCUCGCGACCAACAUCUACUGUGGUGGCAUCUUCGGCUACAUCUGCUAUGACCUGACGCAUUACUUCCUGCAUCACAACAACCUCCCUCUCUGGUACAAGGAGCUCAAGAAGUACCACCUGGCGCACCACUUCCUCGACUAUGAGCUGGCUUUUGGCGUCACGAGCAAAUUCUGGGACCGGUGCUUCGGCACCGAGCUGGUGACGAACCCCGUUGUCAAGUCCAAAUAG